AUGCCCGCCACACACACUUCAUCACCCUCUCCGUCAACUCCUCGAACGCCUCGCACGCCUCGUAUAUCGCGAACGAGCGAUGUCCCCGACUUUCCCUAUCCCCCUGUACGAAGUCUUGUAACUCCCACAUCACCCCCUGGCAGACUUCCUUCAACGCCCAGGCAGUCGUCUCGCGAGUACCCACAGUUACCAUCGAGUCCCUCGUCGACACUGCGUAAAGCGGCUGGCACUGCCCUCCCAUUAUCCCCGUCUUCGGGCGUCUACUACUCGUCCCCGCCGACGACCUACACAAAUAUCCACAACACGCUUCGAAAUUCGGACGAGGUCGAGCUCGUAGCCCUCACACCUCGCCAGCUCCCUCCCAGCGUCGAAACACAAGACGACUCACCCUUCCACGACCGGCACUCCGUGCUGAGCGAGCGAGAAGACCUAUUCGAGUUUGAAUCUGGCAGGCAAAGAACGAUGCCGGGGUACAAGUCUGCCAGCCUUUCUCCGCAGGGGACGGAUGACCGAGGACAACCCAUGUCGUUCGGUCCUAUGCUCGACCAAGUCAGCAGACCUCCCACCGAUUGGCGCAGAUCACUCUACCCUGCCGAAUCCCAGCCCAUCCCCACAUACGAUUACUCCGGCCUGCCUACCCCUUCCUCUCCCACCUCCAGCCGGUAUUCGCUUCUCCCUGAUGCCGUCCGACCCAGGUUCCGCCGCCUGUUUGCCUUUACCACAUGGCGAGACUAUCUCUUUGUCUUUGUCCCCGGUGUCGUCCUCUCCAUCAUCGCCGCGCUCAUCCAGCCGUACAUGUCGGUGGUCAUUGGCGAUGCUUUCGAGAUCUUUGCUGCCUAUCCCAUGGUCAUGUCGGCGGUGACGGAGACGGACAAGCAGACGCUGAAAGACGGUGUGAGAGAUACGUGCAUCAAGCUCACCAUUGCUGGUGUGCUCGCGCUCGUGCUCAACUACUGCAAAGGCAUUGUGUGGACGCUGUACGGCGAGACGGUCGCCAACCGAUUGCGAGGAAAGGUGUUCAGGGGGGUGCAGGACAAGAGUAUGAAGUGGUAUGACAUGGGAAUGGGAAUGCGGGAGGAAGAACAGGGGGAGGGGAAAGAGAACGAUGCGGUGGGAGCGGGAGGGUUGAUGACCAAGUUCAACAGAGAGACUGACGAUGUCCGCCUCGCCACAUCCCUUUCCUUCGGCCUCGUCGUCCAGGACUCGUUCACAUUCCUCCUCUGCUUCAUCCUCGCCGUCGUCUACUCCCCCAAACUCGCAUUCGUCACCCUCUCCACCAUCCCCCUCAUCGUCCUCACCCAGAUCAUCACGCAGGUCACCUGCGCGCCUUUGCUGGCCACCGAACGACGCGUCUUGGCCGAGGCAUCAACCAACAUUGAGCGAGCGACCGGCGCCAUCUCCACUGUCAAAGUGCAUAAUGCUCAGUCAGCCGAGGAAACCCGUUUCCUCACACUCAUUGGGCGCGGGAUGGGGACCAUGAUCAAGCAGGGUCUGGUAUGGGGUAUCUCUAUCGGCGUCACCGACUUUUUCCUCCUGGGUACAUUUGUGCUUGGGUUCUGGUAUGGCGCACAGCUCGUCAGGAAUGGGAGUGCCACGUCGGGUGAUGUGAUGACCUGCUUCUGGGCUUGUCUCUUUGCUGCCACCUACCUGCAGCAAGUGAUUCCCCACUUGACGACGUUGACCAAGGGCAAAAACUCGAUGGCUUCUCUCUUGACCGUCAUCCAAGACGAGCCAGUCAGGCCUGUAUCUGGCAACCCCUUCUCCCCUGGCUCGACACCCACUACCGCCAAGUUCGACAUUGCCAAACAGCCCAAGGUCAAGGAGAGCCCCACCUCUGAAGGGCUCCGCCCGACCAAGUGCCAUGGCGAGUUCAACUUUACCCACGUCUCAUUUUCGUACCCCUCACGACCUGACAAUCUCGUCCUCCGCGAUGUUUCCCUCUUCAUCCCUCCUGGCGAGAUUACCUUUGUCGUCGGCGGGUCUGGUUCGGGCAAGUCGACUAUUGCGCAGCUUUUGCUACGACUGUACAACCCUCUCACUGGAGAGAUCACAUUGGACGACAAUUCGUUCGACUUUCUCGACGCUUCCUUUACUCGCGAAAAUAUUGCGGCCGUCCAACAAGGUUGUAUCCUCUUUGACAUGUCGGUCCACGACAAUGUCGCUAUGGGCCUUGCCGGCAGCGGUCCCGACCCCAAGACGGGUAUCAAGCGGUCACCGAAAGAUGUGACGAGAGAAGAGGUUGUGGAGGCGUGCAAGAUGGCGAUGAUCCAUGACUUUGUGGUGGGCUUGCCGGAAGGGUACGAGACCAAGUUGGGUACUGGUGGUUCGAGUCUGAGCGGAGGGCAGAGGCAGAGGAUGGCUAUUGCGCGGGCGAGGAUCAGGGAUCCGACUGUACUGAUUCUUGACGAAGCAACUUCUGCCCUCGACGCUACUUCCCGAGUCCUCGUCUUUCAGAAUAUCAAAGCCUGGCGCAACAACCGUACCACUAUCGUCAUCACACACGACCUCUCUCAGAUCGUAUCCGACGACUUUGUCUAUGUGAUGAAGGACGGUAUCGUCGCCGAACAAGGCUUCCGGCUGGACCUCGUCAAGAAAACUGGAGGUGUCUUUGCGAAUAUCGCCGCCGAGCAAGCUAUCACCCCCUUCCCCGCCAAGGAUGAGGGAGACGAGCAGUGGCGAGAAAACCUGGAAAACCUCUUGAACAUGGAAGAGGACUUUGAGGAGGUGUUGGACGUCAGGUCGGCAACUCCUGCUUUCAGCAAGCUGCUGAACCGCAACAGCGGCGUCUACAACGACAUGUACGACGAGUACUCGCGUGGUCAGCGUCUCUCCCACCUCGACCGCCGCCGCUCUCGGCAAAGUACUGCGCAGAAACGACUUUCUUGGACGCCCGAGCAGCAUGGCAGGACGCAGAGCAGGCAGACUUUUGUGGCGUCUGGAGGCAGCAGGCCUGUCAGUCGCAAUAGCAGACCGGCGAGCAGAAUGAGUGUCAGCCCGAGGCCUUCUUCCAGGAUGAGCUUGAGGACGAUGAUGGCUGAUCCUGACUCUACGCCUCGGCAGGGCAACCGAUCCCAACGAAGCCUCGAGCUUCCUAGUAGCGGUAUGCUUCAUGCUGGCUGGACGGAGAAGAGUUCUCCGGGACAGAUCAGUUUGAGGGAGAGACAAAGGAAGACGUUGUCGGAGAACUUGGAAGAUGACUUGAAGGAUUCUGCCUCUGAGCUCGACAACCCUCAUACCGCUAUUGAGGUCGAGUCUGAAGGACCGAAACCCAUCCCCGGUAUCUUUGCCCUCAUCAAACUCUACUUUCCCACUCUUCCCCACAGAUACCUCCUCUUCUUUGGCUGUCUUGGGUCUAUCGGCCACGGUGCUACCACCCCAAUCUGGUCAUACUUUCUUGCAAAGCUCAUGACCAUCGUUGGUGCUGGCGGUGCUGACGUCGGUGCACUUACGAAGUACGGUCUAAUCGUCCUUGCUCUUUGCGCUUGCCAAGGUUUAUCCAAUUGCGUCCGAGAAUACUCGCUCGUCAGCCUUUCUGCGCGAUGGUCUCACAUGGUUCGAGGCCAAGCUUAUCACAAGCUCAUCAAGCAAGACAAGGCCUUUUUCGAUCUUUCCCCCAACGCUCCCUCUCGCCUUGUCCAACUUCUUAUCAAGGACGCCGAUGAUGCCCGUACCCUUAUGAGUCAUGUCAUUGGUAAAGCCGUCACUGUGGUCACCAUGCUCGGCUUGGGGAUCUUUUGGGCAAUGGCUGUUGAGUGGCGAUUGACGUUGAUCGGGUUGGCGCUUGGACCAAUCUUUGGAGGAUGUAUGGCCCUCAACUCAUGGAUGCUAGGAAACGUCGAGGUCGCUUGCAAGACGGCUAGGGAAGAUGUUGGGAGGGUAUUCUACGAGAGUGUUGCAAACGUACGAGGUAUCCGCGCCAUGGCUCUUGACGGUGCGUUCGAAGACAGGUUCGCGACCGAUGCCAAGGCAGCCAAGUCGGUCGGAAAGCGUUCUGCUUGGAACAUGGCCAUCGGUGGAGCUAUCGGUGGCUGUCUGCCUCUCUUUGCGCAAGCCGUCAUGAACUUUGCUGGUUCCGAGUUCAUGAUCCAAGGCAGGAUGAAUUACGAGGAGAUGCUCCAGGUCUACAACCUUGUGCUCUUCAGUUUGACUUUUGGCGCUGGCCUUUUGGACUUUAUUCCAAUGAUGGCCAAGGCCCGUGUCGCGGCUCGAGACUUCAACCGCCUUCUCUUCCUCGGCGAACAAACUACAGAAUCCGAAGGUGAACUUCGCAUGCCCAUCAACGGCCACAUCGCCUUCAACCACGUCGCCUUUUCGUACCCGUCUCGCCCAGAGGUUCCUAUCCUUACCGAUGUCUCCUUCACCCUCACUCCUGGAGAGUAUGUCGCCAUUGUCGGUCCUUCCGGCUCCGGCAAAUCUACCAUUGCUGCUCUGAUGCAGAGGCUGUACAUGGUGGACGCGGGCGAGAUUCGUAUCGGAAACUAUAACCUCAAACAAACGGAUGUUGUGUGGCUCCGUAACCACAUCUCCGUGGUAUCUCAAUCCGCCAAUCUUUUCGACGCUUCCAUUGCCGAAAACAUUGCUUAUGGUACACCCAAUCUUCCGUUGUCUGAAAUCUACCGAGCCGCCCAAGCAGCCAACAUCCACGACUUCAUCCAGAGCUUGCCUCAGGGUUAUGACACCAAUCUGGGCGAGAACGCGAGCUUGAUCUCGGGUGGACAGGCGCAGAGGCUCCAGAUUGCCAGGGCUUUGUGCAGGACGAGUAGAAUCUUGAUUCUUGACGAGUGCACAAGCGCGCUCGACACUGACAAUGCGAAGGCGGUGCUGGAUACGAUCGUAAAGAUCAAGGCUGUGAGUGCAAUUCUAUCUUUGAGUACGGACUUGAGCCGAUUUGCUUCAGCAUCGUACCACGGUGUUUAUCACCCACUCGGUGGAGGCCAUGCAGCGCUGCGACCGUAUCAUAUGUCUGGGUGAAGGGCGAGUGGAGGAGGAGGGGACGUUCGAGGAUCUUGUGAGGAGAGGCGGCGUGUUUGCGCAGUUGAUGAAGACAGGAGAAUGGGAAUGAAAUUCGAUAGAGUAAUGUCAUAGAGUACUCUGCCUUGCUUGUAGUGUUGUAAAUGUAUCUCUAUAGCUGGC